UUGUGUCUGUGCACUUUCGAAAGAGGUUAUACAAACAUCAGGCAGAUUACUCAAGGAGUUUUGGACUACGAGGAAGAAAAGAAACAAGACUUGAAGGAAUCAGAGGAUCUUCCACCAAUGGACAGCUCAAGGAAAAGAGAGAAGGAGGAAAGGAAAGGAGAGAUGGAUUAACUUUUACUCAACCUUGGUGGAAGUAGGGGAAGUUGUGUGACGCUUUGGGGAAAAUCGAAUGGAAUCAGGCAGUACCUGAGGCACAGAUCUGAAGUUGUGCUCUCACACAGUGAAUAUCAGGCCUGCCAAUCACUGUGUGUGUGUGUUAGUGAGGAUCCCGGCUGUGCUCAGUAUCACGGUGUGCUUAGAACACUAGUAUGAUUGGCUGUUCUGAGCUUUAAGACACCUGCGCUCAUAGUGCUGUAACACAUAGCUCUUUGUUAGGGAUCAUUUUGGACUUCUGAGCCAGUUCUUCAAGUUCCUACUGCACAUGCUUUUCAGUGUUUUAGAGCAAAACCUUUUAAUAUUUCAUACAUAGAUGUGUGGUAUGCAAUCUCAACUUAAAUUCCAUGUCAGAUUAUAGAUUUGGAUAUAUGAUCGCCUGUCUGUACUUCCAUUGUUGCGUGCAGCCCUUCCUAAAGUCACGCAAAUGUGGUUGUUUAACUUCUUAAAGUUUAAAUACUCAUUUCAAAUCUGGUGAAAACAGUUGGCAGACUAGAUAGCGCAUUGAUUUAUGGUUGUUUCAGCGAGCCAGACUGUGUUUGCGGUAUCACAGUGUCGUUCUGGCACCGAGGUGCACGUCAUGACGAGGUGAAUCUCAGCAGGCUCUGCCUCAUCUCGAAAGAGAAAAACAAACUCGCAAAGGUGUGAGGAGAAAAACAAGAAUUUCAUAAGUGAAUGCUUUUGUGGGAUUCAAACCUGUGAUGUGGUUAGCCGGUUACCAGUUCAGAUAUAAAUACAACAGCCUUCUGCAUAACAAGUAUGAUAUCAUCUAAAAACGACUACUCAAUUAGUGUUCGCAACGUUCGAGUUUAGUCUUUGAGUGCUAAUAAGUGGUUUGAUGGCAAUUUCCACACGAUAGGAGUUUCUUUUUACUCUUGAAUGUGGAGGAUUAUUUUUAUUAGCUGCCUACGGUUGGUUGUUAUCACAUGUGAUAUUAGUUGCUUGAGGAUUGAAACGCAGCCGCUAAAGUGAUUUAGGUAACCCUGAGCUUAAAGAGCACUGGUGUUUAGUGUAGUAAUUUUGCUGUGGUUUCAGCUGUGUAGCGUGUGCUGAACUGUGCAGUCAUCAACCACAGAGGCCUCAUUGAUCAGCUACCGAGCCUCAGUACACAAUGAGACGAGGCCAGCGAUCUCUCCUCCUCUCCUCCACCCCGUCCCUUCUGCUGCGAUCCCUCGUUCUGCUCUCCGUCUGCCUGCGGGGGCAGGCCGUGCAGGCUGAGAACGUGACAGUGCUGGAGGGGGGGACGGCACAGAUCUCCUGUCGUCUCCAGAACUAUGAUGGCUCCAUCGUGGUCAUCCAGAAUCCACGCAGACAAACGCUAUUCUUCAAUGGAACACGAGCACUAAAAGACGACCGUUUUCAGAUGGUUCUUUUCACACAGCGCCUGGUGCGGAUCACGUUGACUAAUGUAAGCGUAUCUGACGAGGGUGGCUACUUCUGCCAGCUCUACACGGAUGACACACACCACCAGGUGGCGACGCUGUCGGUGGUGGUGCCCCCAGAGGUGCCAACGGUGGAGGUGAAGACAGAGGCAGUGGAGGGUGGAGAGGUGGAACUCACAUGUGUGUCCCCGCGGAGCAAACCACCAGCCACCCUGCGCUGGGUCAGAGAUCGCCGAGAAAUCGCAGGUGUGAUCUCUCAGCAGGAGAACGGCAAGACUGUGAGUGUUUCCAACACGAUCCGUAUCCCCGUGGAGAGGAAAGAUAAUGGAGCUGCGCUGAGCUGUGAGGCGUCUCACCCGGCACUCGUGGGGCAGAAGCGAGUUCGUCACUACAGCCUGGACGUUCACUUUGCUCCUACGGUGAAAAUCAUUCCCCCUCAGGGCAUCCUCCGAGAGGGAGACUCCCUCAGUCUUACCUGCUCUGUUACCGGCAACCCACUACCACGUGACAUCCAGUGGUCGCGAGUGAAUGACACUCUUCCUGAGAGGGCGGAGAAAACGGGAAACAUUCUCCAUUUGUCUCGCCUCAGCCAAUCACACAACGGCACCUACCUCUGUCAGGCGCAUAAUAAUUACGGCCGUGCAGCAGACCACUACACACUGCUGGUGUAUGUGUCUGUCCCUCCCAAAUCUCAUUCUGCCAUCGCUCACCCCAACCAUCCAUCCUCCAGCUUUACAAAGGAAUACCAAGACCCCGGGGCAGUGGUGGAAACCCACAGUGCCGUUCCGUAUGCAGUGAUCGGGGGCAUCCUGGCUGUGCUGGUCUUCACUGUCAUCUGUGUGCUCAUCGUCACCAUCUGGUGCUCCGUCCGACAGAAAGGUUCAUAUUUGACUCACGAGGCCAGUGGGUUGGAUGAACACGGUGAGGUUCAAGAGGCGUUCCUCAACGGUAACGAUGCCAGCCAGGGCAAGAAGGAGUACCUACUGUAGCGCCGCCCUAGUGGAGCUCUUCAGAAACACUGGACCGCUGCAGAGUGCACACCGCAACACACACUGUUCCAAAACAGACCCACACACCACCACUACGACAACCAGAGGGAAUCACAAUCGUGCCAUAUGAAGAUGGAGUGGGAAGGAGAGAACGGAGACAACAAUGGAGCGGGGUGGAGAGAGACGAGAGGAGAGGAUAAUUAUUAUGAUUGAAAGAGACCAUCACACACACUCUUUCUGUUUUUACUUGUGAGUACGAUAGACAACUAGCCAUAAUUGUAGGACCAGGAGAGAAAAGUGUCCAUUCAAAACAGGCCGAUCCAUAACCCAGGUGAAACGGCGUCGCUGUGGGAAGCCGCAAAGGGCUUAUGAGCUAUUGAAUGUCCCAAUGUGAGCAAAUUGAAAUUCCCUGCGUUUGCCAAAGCGUUCAGGCCUCAGAGACUGAGCUGGUAGACAAUAAAUCCACCAAUGACAGCUCUGAGAGCUCAGAGCCAUCCUCAUAAAGUAUUCAUCUGCGCUUUUCAUCCGGCAACUCCAUUAUCUGCUCACGUUGGCCAAAACCUGUUGAAAAGUUCCUCUCGUUUUGAUCCUCUCUCAAUGACUCUCCGUUUCCCGCUCUCCGAUGCUCCUUCCUCUCCCUCCACUAUCUCUCCACUAUUGUUUGUUAAUAAUUAAGGGAUUAGACAUGUUCUCUUUCAUGAGAAGAAUGAAUUGGAGCGGACCGCUCACUCUGACGCUGUAAAAAGAGGCUUAAUUAUUGCAAAGAGUCAUUGGAAACGUGAAACCGUGAGGAUCUCAACUUGGGUGAGAAAAAACAGGAAGGAGAUUGUUUGUAGAGAACAUGUCAGAAAUUUCAAUAUAUAUAUAUAUUUUCUUUUUCGUUUACUCUACACAGAAACGCUUACACAAUGAAACAUAUCUCUAAAGUCGUUAUUUGUAUGAAAAAUUCUACAAAGUUAAAUGAAUCUUUUAAGAAAAAGAAAAAAAAACACAUUUACUUUUGCGCGCAUUACCCAGCGAUGCUAUCGUACUAACACAGAAUAUUAGCUUAGAGGUGCAAAACUGAACAAACUACUGUUACGUCAUCUUUAAAAAACAAAAAAACAAGUCAAAAUUUUAAAAAAUUGAUAUUUCGUUUGUCUUUAAAAGAUAUCAGAGGUCUUAAGUGUUUUUAAUAAUUAUUAUUUGGACUAUUAUGAUCGUUGUUAUUAUUAUUAUUCUUACUGUUAUUAUAAUUGUAAAUGUUAUAAAUUGUAUACUUCCCAAGCUUUAGUUCUACCAGUAGAAACAGCCGUGUACCCACUUUUCUCUCUCCUCUUUCAUUCUCUUCUGUCCUUCUUGAUCCUCUUUGUGUCUUUCCUUCUAGUCGUCCGUCUCCUCUUCAUCUUUCACUUCCUGUUUAUUUUGUAGUCUUUGCGUCGCUGUUGAUAUAGCUAACUGUACAUCUUUAUAGGGGAAAGAUACCAAGCACGACAAAAUAAAAAAUACUUAAAGAC